AUGGUGAAGGCAAAUAACAAGUUGAAUAUGUGGGGUAACAGAUUUCUUUCUCAAGUGGGAAAACUGACUUUGAUCAAGUCAUCUUUUCUGAAUCAUCCUCUGUUUUUAGCUGCCCAUUCUCUUAUUCCGUUGCAAAUUCUGAAGGAUUUUGAAUACAUGUGCAGAAGUUUUUUAUGGCACAAUAUUAACGGGAAAUCUGGUAUGCACUAUGUUCCUUGGAAGGUGUUGUGUGCUCCAAAAACAAAAGGAGGAUGGGGAUUACAUUCAGUCAUAGAGAAGAUUGGCCCGUUGAGAGCCAAGUUUGCGUGGAGGUUCAUCUCUAAUCCAAACUCUUUUCUUAAUAGAUCUCUUAUUGCCAUAUAUGGUAAUGAUCCUUGGAAAGUUGACAACAGGAGUUGUAACUCGCCUUCAUGGAAAAUUAUUCGUCAUGGUGCUGCUUCAUUGCUUCCUAUCAUCAGAUGGAAUAUUGGGAAUGGCUCUAAUAUUAGCAUUUUGAAGGAUGUUUGGCUUUUAGAUCGGAGGAUCGAUAGAUGGCCUACUUAUGUUAACUGCUCUGUUUCGGAGAAUGGAAUGGUUUCUGAUCUGAUUAAAAACGGAGUCUGGGAUAUGGCUGCUUUGCAGUGUAACUUUGGAGUUUUGUUGAUUGAGUUAAUCAUUCAAAUUCAUGUCAACACCGCACAGCAUGAAGAUUAUGUUGAAUUGAUGUAUAAAUUGUCGGGAAAGACUAUUGCUGCUUUGGCUACAGAAUAUGUGUAUAAGAAUGAAGAGGAUGUUGAUUUUUUAAACUGGUUAGUUAAUACAGAGAGAUGCCCAAGAGGUUGUCUUUUGGUGGAGGAUGGCUUUCAUGUAGCUGUCAAGUGUAAGAAGUUGAUACAAGUGCUUGCGGUUUUGGCGACGUGGGGUUUCGCUUUUCCUAUACUAAAUUCCUUUGAAGAUUGUUUGAGUAGAAAUAAAGGCAAUCAUGGUGGUUCUGAACAUGGUGAUUCCUUCAUCAUUGUGACUGCUGUUAGCUAUGCAGCUGCAUCCUUUUGUCUUAUUCACAUCAAGGAGAGUUGGGAUACUAAUCAGCUUUUUAAGCUGUCUCCGAUUUCUUGGUAUCCCCCUCCUCCGGGGUGGCUUAAAGUCAAUUUGGAUGCCUCCUUAUCCAAUUCCAAUUUGGCAGGUAUUGGGGGAGUCCUCCGGGACAGCAAAGGCGGGUUUAUUGGUGCUUUUGGUAUCAGCUUGGUGGACAUCAAGAUGGAGGGGGUUAAUCCAAAGGAUUUCUUCUAUCUCAAAGAUUUCGGUCAGGUUGUUUUCCAACAUGUAAAGAGGGAAAUCAAUAGAGUUGCUGAUUUUUGUGCUAAGAUAGCAAUAUCCAAUAGUUUUUUUUGGAAUUCUUUGGUUGGUUUUGAUAUUCCUACUGGUUUUUUUGCUUUGUUAAAGGAGGAUAUUACUGGUGUGUGA